ACUCUUUAUUUCUUCUUUUCUGUUCCGCCCCUCUCUCUCUCUCUGUCUCUCUCUCUCCUCAGCUCGCUCGCUCGUUCAGUCACACAUCCCCCAAACCCUAGAACCCCUCUUCAUCCUCAAGCUCUAAAAUUUACAUGCUUCAUUCGGAUCUUUGUUCCUGAGAUUUUCACCUACUGAUUUUGCCGAUAAAAAUUCACCGAUUCGGUAAUUCGGGGGUAGUCGGAGCUAGGAAGAUUCGGAAAUGGCGGCUUCGACGACGAGCAACGUUUAUAUCCAGGUCAUCGAGGAUGUCAUCAAUAAGGUCCGGGAUGAGUUCGUGAACAACGGUGGCCCCGGAGAGGACGUUCUCAAGGAGUUUCAAGGAACUUGGGAGGCGAAAAUGAUUCAAGCCGGUGUAGUUAUUGGUCCAAUAGAUAGGACCGGUGCACCGAAGCCCACACCUGGGGGUCCUAUCACUCCCGUUCACGAUCUUAAUGUGCCAUACGAAGGGACUGAGGAGUAUGAAACUCCGACUGCUGAGAUGCUCUUUCCUCCGACGCCGUUACAGACUCCCAGUCAGACACCUUUGCCAGGAACAGCAGAAAACUCGAUGUAUAACAUUCCUACUGGACCUAGUGACUAUCCUACUCCAGGAAAUGAUACUGGCGGCAGCGGCGGCGGCAACAACAAUAAUGAGGCAAAAGGUGGAAGACCUAGUCCCGUCAUGCAACCCCCGUCACCUUGGAUAAACCAAAGGGCCCCACUUGAUGUUAAUGUUGCUUACGUGGAAGGGCGGGAUGAGGUGGACAGAGGAGCCUCUCAUCAACCCCUGACACAGGACUUCUUUGUGGCUCCUUCUGGAAAGCGAAAACGUGAGGAUUUUUCUUCGCAGUAUCAUGCUGGUGGAUUCAUACCUCAACAAGAUGGGGCUGGGGAUGCUACAUUAGAGGUGUUUGAGAUUAAGGUAAGUGGAGGGAGCGCAUCUCUGGGCGGACAUUGCAUAGUCACCACUGCAAAUAAAGAGACCUUGGCGUAUGUCAGAGAAUCUAGUUCAAAGAUUCCUCAACUUGAUGGACCAAUUCCUGAUCCUUAUGAUGACGUUCUGUCUACUCCCAACAUAUACAAUUAUCAAGGAGUUUACAAUGAAGACUACAACAUAGCAAAUACACCUGCUCCUACAGACAUUCCAGCAGGUACUCCUGCUGUAGUUGCUCAAAAUGAUGUUGUAGAGGAUGAUGAUGAUGAACCCCCAUUGAAUGAAAAUGAUGAUGAUGAUUUGGAUGAUGUGGACGAAGGAGAGGAGCAGAACACACAGCAUUUGGUUUUGGCUCAGUUUGAUAAGGUGACACGUACCAAGAGCAGAUGGAAAUGCUUACUGAAGGAUGGCAUUAUGCACAUAAACAAUAAGGACAUUCUCUUUAACAAGGCAACAGGAGAAUUUGAGUUCUGAUUUUGUUGGAGAUAGUCUAUUUUGCCAUUUUCUGGCAGUUGCUUUUGAACAGAAAAUCCAGAGGAGGGGGACACGGUGGGUUUAGUAAUUUUUAUUUAAUUAUUAUUAUUGAGAACUUGAGGAAAGAGGGAGAUGCUUGAAUACGUUCCAAGACUGAGAUGGGAUGGGAUGCUCUCAUUUAAAACAGAAAGAACGGGGGUGGGAUGGAUGUUGGCCUGUUGUACAUAAAGCAAAUGAGCUUUUUCGGCCUUCAAACAGAUGGUUGCCCAAGGCGUUUGCAUAAGUUUGUGGUUUAUCUUAUGGAAUGAAGAUAUAUGUCCAUUCCCUCUCUACAUUUGGACAUUUUGGUUAAUUUGCGAAUUGCAGUCUGUUCAAUUACAUUUGUAUUGCUGCUUAA